AUGCUCGGCGAUGACGAAAUCAUUGGUGCAGCGGAGGCCGUGGUGCAUGCGUACCUCGUGGUCCUUCUCCACAGACCUGACGCUGCCGUCACAGAAGCCUCAUCACAGACUCAUCAUCGCCACUCAGCUCCUUGUGGGAUGGGCGGGCAAAAGAUGCCACAGUUUUGCGAAACGAAAUGUACAUUUACAGAGAAGAAGAUGAACGCGUUGCGGCGUACCGCUCGGGUCCUAUACGUGCUUUCGUGCGUGGUGGACAUGGUACAUCAGGGCCUGACGUGUACGGAGCGAGACGUGUAUUACCAGAACACAUCGCUCUUUCGGAAUGGACAGAGAGAUGUUCACACUAGCAUUGAAAACCUUUGCCGUUGGAUGGAUUCCACGCAUCCAUUGGGGAAUGCAGAUGACCCCGAGAGUAUCGGGCGCCGACGCUACACACGCGAGGGGCUCCGCAUUGCUGCUAGUGGAAAGAGUAUUCUUAUCGGAUACAUCUCGUUUGACAUUCCCAAGCGUUCACCAGUUUUGUCCUCUUUAUCUCAGACGACGCAGAUGACUCUGGGGAAUGUCUCGCAAACGCAGUUUUGUUUUGAGAAAACCUCCAAUUACUUGACAGGUACGGUGGAGAUGAAUGGCAUGCGUCAUUCCUCUGGGAUUCUCGUAAACAUGGCAGUGGGGAUGCGCGGCUGUCAUUUUCGUGGUGCAGAGGGGGUGGGUAGCCUGCCGUCUGCUGUGAUCCUUGUGGAGAAGGAAAGCACGCUGCGAACGCUUGUGGUAGCAGAGGGCGUCUUGGGCCUCGGUGCGCCCUUGAACCGCUGUUCUUUUUUGUGCAGCAAAGGAUACCCGUGCCGGGCCUCACGCACGCUUCUACACAAACUCCACUGUGAGUUGCCUCAGCUGCCUAUUCUUGUUCUCGUCGAUGGGGACCCUCAUGGAAUGCGCAUCGCCCUGACCUUCUUGGGGCUUUUUGGCGGAGUUGCCUCAACAAGACGACGAAAGCAAAAAAAAAGGCCGUUUGCCUCGGCGGAAUUUAUUUCUACUCUUCUUCCCGCUCGUUGGAUUGGCGUGCGUCCCUCGGCGCUCCCCCACCAGGCUACAGGGAGGGCGCCACUGACACCCUUGGAUCGACGGGUGCUUUCGCAAAUGAUGGCGCGGGUCGUGGAGGCCCUUUCUCUGCUUGAAGAUGAAGUGGUCGAUGCAACCUGCAGCGGUGAGGAAAUAAAUAUCAUUCGCGGUACCCUAAAUAACAUCCUGCGCGAGGCGGAGUGGAUGAAGGAGAAGUCAUUGAAGUGCGCCCUUCAGGCCUGGCCGGAUGGUCCCCUCCAUCUUUUGAUGGAUUCACUUGAGCCGGGACGGCCCGUGUAA